UUAUAAGAAAUGAAUUAUUACUCUUAAAGACUAGCGAGCUUGAAACAGUUGAAAAGAAAACAACUGCGAGGACGACUAAGGUUAACAAGAGUUUAAAAUUCAUUUUGAGUCUUGACGGGAAGAUUGAAGAAGAG